GGGCUGCGGGGAGGAAUGGGAAUCUGCAGGUGUCCUAAGACAGGGGGCGCUGUUUCUAAAAUGAGUUCCUCAGAGGAGACCGAGACUGACGAUGGAACCCACGGCCCUGCGAGAAAGAGGGUUCAGAUAGAUAGAGCUGGGGCACCUGCACCCAGCUGUCUGUCUAUGAAGAGUGACCAUUCAAUACAUCAUCCAAUCAACUUCAGAGGACAGUUCACAGAUGAUCAAAGGGUUCAGGUAGAGAGGGCUGGGUCACCUGCACCCAGCUGUCUGUCUAUGAAGAGUGACCAUUCAAUGCAUCAUCCAAUCAACUUCAGAGGAGAGUUCACAGGUGAUCAAAGGAUCCACUGCUCACAGGCAUCCAACUGUCUUGUAGAGAGGAGUUCAGAGAAACUGUUCUCAACACAGCUGACCAGCAGCCCUGUGAAGCAGAAGGAUCUCACUGACUCACUGGAGAGAGAUGAGCAGCACAAUACAUCCAUAGAAAGAGCCCAGCAGGCAUUGAAAACUGCUCUGAAAAAGAAGUUUGAACACAUAUUUGAAGGUUCAGCAAAGCAGGGCAACUCAACCCUCCUCAAUGAGAUCUAUACAGAGCUCUACAUCACAGAGGGGGGAAGUGGGGGGGUCAAUGAUGAACACGAGGUCAGACAGAUUGAGACAGCAUCCAAGAGUCAAACCACACAUGAGACUGCAAUCCUCUGCAAUGACAUCUUUAAGCCUUCACCUGGACAAGAGAAACCCAUCAGAACUGUGCUUACAAAGGGCAUCGCUGGCAUUGGGAAAACAGUCUCUGUGCGAAAGUUCAUUCUGGACUGGGCAGAAGGAAAAGCCAAUCAGGACAUUGAUUUCAUCUUCACUCUUCCUUUCCGAGAUCUGAAUCUGAAAAAGGAGAGAGAAUUCAGCCUGAUGCAACUUCUGCAGCACUACUUUCCACAACUGAAAGAGAUCAAGAGUAUUGAAGGCGAUAAAGUGAAAAUUGUAUUUAUCUUUGAUGGUCUGGAUGAGUGUCGACUUCCUCUAGAUUUCCAAAGCAAUAAGAUCUGCUGUGAUAUAACAGAGUCAUCAUCAGUUGAUGUGCUGCUGACCAACCUCAUUCUGGGGAAUCUGCUUCCCUCUACUCGCCUCUGGAUCACCUCCCGACCAGCAGCAGCCAAUCAGGUCCCUCCUGAUUGCGUCCACCAGGUGACAGAGGUACGAGGGUUCAAUGACCCAGAGAAGGAGGAAUACUUUAGGAAGAGAAUCAGAGAUAAGAAAAAGGCUAGCAGAAUUAUCUCACACGUAAAGUCAUCCAGGAGUCUGCACAUCAUGUGUCACAUACCAGUCUUCUGCUGGAUUUCUGCCACUGUGCUGGAGACAAUGUUGGGUAAAGUAGGCAAUAGAAAAAUGCCCAAAACUCUGACUGAAAUGUACACACACUUUCUGCUCAUUCAAACUAAUGUGAAGAAUGAGAAGUAUCAUGGCACCGAUGUGACAAACCCAGAAAUCUCAGAGUCGGAUACAGAAAUCCUCCUGAAACUGGGGCAGCUGGCUUUUCUACAGCUGGAAAGGGGCAAUCUGAUAUUCUAUGAAGAGGACCUGAGAGAGAGUGGCAUUGAUGUCAGUGAAGCUUCAGUGUACUCUGGGGUGUGCACAGAGAUCUUUAAAGAGGAGUGUGGGUUUGGUGAGGAGAAGGUCUACUGCUUUGUGCAUCUGAGCAUUCAGGAGUAUCUGGCUGCCUUGUUUGUGUUUCAUUCAUGUGUGAAUGAGAACAGAAAUGUACUCAGAGCAGAAGAAUCAAAACCUCGCAGUGACGGAGUGCAGCUGUCUGAGUUACACAGGACUGCAGUGGAUCAGGCCUUAGCGAGUAAGAAUGGACACCUGGACCUUUUCCUCAGAUUCCUUCUAGGCCUCUCUCUGGACUCCAUUCAGACUCUCUUAGGAACACUGCUGAUGCAAACAGGAGGCAGAUCACCUGUACCAGACCCUCAGACAGGAAGCAGAUUACCAGUGCCAGACUCACAGACAGAGAGCAGUUCAAAGAGCAUUAGGGAAACAGUCCAGUACAUUAAGAAGAAGAUCAAAGAAGAAUCUUCAGCAGAAAGGACCAUCAAUCUGUUCCACUGUCUCAAUGAACUGAAUAAAAACACUCCAGUAGCAGAAAUAAAGAAGUUCCAGAGAUCAGGAAAACUCUCUAAUGAAAAGCUGGAACCACACCAAUGUUCAGCUCUGGCCUUUAUGUUACUGAUGACAGAGGAGAUCCUGGAUGAGUUUGACUUGAAGACCUACAACACAUCAGCAGCAGGUUAUGAGAGACUGCUACCAGUACUCAGGAACUGCAGGAAGGCCAUACUGAACAGUUGUUACCUCACUGAGAAGUCCUGUGAAAUUGUGGCCUCUGCUCUUCAGUCAUCAAACUCACCCCUGAGAGAUCUGGACCUCAGCUACAAUAACGUGGGAGAUUCAGGAGUGAAGCUGCUCUGUGCUGGACUGAUGAGUCCAGACUGUAAACUACAGACACUGGGGCUGGGUUGGUGUAAUCUCACAGAGGGCUGCUGUGAUGUUCUGGCCUUAGUCCUGCGUUCUCCUCACUCAGAGCUGAGAGAUCUGGAGCUCAGAGACAAUGAGUUGCAGGAUUCAGGAAUGAGAGCUCUCUCUGCUGGACUGGAGGACCCACACUGUGAACUGCAGAGACUGGGGCUGUCAGGCUGUAGAGUCACACAGAGAGGCUGUGAUUCUCUGGCUUCAGCU